CAACUGCUGUCGCGGUUCGCCAGGGACGAGUUCAGCCUCGAGACCAGGUCCACCAUCGGCGUCGAGUUCGCCACCAAGACUGUCCAGGUCGACGACAAGCUCGUCAAGGCGCAGAUCUGGGACACCGCCGGGCAGGAGAGGUACCGCGCCAUCACGAGCGCGUACUACCGCGGGCCCGCGACGCGGUGGGCGGCGCUGGUGGUGUACGACGUGCCCCGCCGCGUCACCUUCGACAACGCGGAGCGCUGGCUGCGGGACCACACGGACGCCAACAUCGUGGUCAUGCUGGUGGGCAACAAGGCCGACCUGCGCCACCUGCGCGCCGUGUCACCCGAGGACGCCGCGGCCUUCGCCCAGCGCCACGGCACCUUCUCCAUGGAGACGUCGGCGCUGGACGCCACCAACGUAGAGCGCGCCUUCGCCGAGGUGCUCCGCCAGAUCUACCACGUCGUGAGCCGGAACGCGCUCGACAUCGGGGACGACCCCGCCGCGCCGUCCAGAGGCAAGACCAUCGACGUCGACGCCGCCAAGGACGAGAGGUCUCGCCUGUUAGGGAUGAAAACGGGACGGGAAAUUCUCGUACCGUCCCGUUUCGAAUACUGUUUUUUUCUGACCGUUUUCCAAUUGUUCGGUAACCGAUUAGAAACGGUACGAAAACGAUUUAGCUAG